UGUCCUAGGAACUAUCCCAAAGUCAGUUCUAAACUCUGUCUGCUUUUUUUCUGCGCUAAGAUUGGGGCUAGAGGCGAGACGCUAAGAAUGCGCUACACGGUACGCUCUUGCCUGCAGCUAUAUAAAGGUAGCCGGCUAAUCUGGCUGGUGUUGCGCAUCGGCGAAUGGACGUAA